UCAUUGAACUCAGUGUUUGAAAGACUGUACAUCCGCUCGUAGAAAUGGCAGAAACCGCUCCAGCUGCUGCCGCGGCGCCGGCCAAAGCGCCCAAGAAGAAGCCCGCCGCUAAAGCCAAGAAAACGGGUCCAGGCGUCGGUGAACUGAUCGUCAAAGCCGUGUCCGCGUCCAAGGAGAGGAGCGGCGUGUCUCUCGCCGCCCUGAAGAAAGCUCUCGCCGCCGGCGGCUACGACGUGGAGAAGAACAACUCCCGCGUCAAGCUCGCCAUCAAGAGCCUGGUGACUAAAGGCACCCUGCUGCAGGUCAAAGGGACCGGCGCCUCCGGCUCCUUCAAGAUCAGCAAGAAGCAAGCCGAGACCAAGAAGAAACCGGCCAAGAAAGCGGCUCCAAAAGCCAAGAAGCCCGCGGCCAAGAAACCAGCUGCUGCCAAGAAGCCCAAGAGCGCAGCGGCCAAGAAGCCCGCCGCUAAGAAAUCGCCCAAGAAGGCCAAGAAACCCGCAGCCGCUAAGAAAGUGACGAAGAGCCCCAAGAAGGCCAAGAAGCCGGCAGCGCCCAAGAAAGCAGCCAAGAGCCCCAAAAAGACCAAGGCCGCCAAACCCAAAGCGGCAAAACCUAAAGCGGCUAAGCCUAAAGCAGCGAAGCCUAAAAAGGCAGCUCCCAAGAAGAAAUAAAAA